AAAGAAAAAUCACAGCUUGAAAAUCACAGCUGUGAAAAUGGCUUCCGCCGCCAUCUCUCUUUCACUGCCACCAAUUCCUUCAUCUUCUUCUUCUGUUAAACCCAAAGAUUCCCCUUUCGGCCACCGCCGUUUAUUCAUUGCAAAGAACUCACCAUCUCGUUCACUCUAUUCUUUUUCAGCAACAAAGCAAAUUUCUACUUCUUUCAGGAUCAAAUGCUCAUCGGCUGCUUCUUCUUCAUCUUCGAGUACUCUUCCUUCUGCUCUUCUGUUUGACUGCGAUGGUGUUCUCGUUGAUACUGAGAAGGAUGGCCACCGGGUUUCGUUCAAUGAUACUUUCGAUGAAAAAGAAUUAGGCGUUACAUGGGAUGUGGAAUUGUACGGAGAGUUGCUCAAAAUUGGUGGUGGGAAAGAAAGGAUGACUGCUUACUUUAACAAGACAGGGUGGCCAGAUAAAGCUCCGAAGAGUGAAGAAGAAAGAAAGGAAUUCAUUGCUUCUCUUCAUAAACGAAAAACCGAGCUGUUCAUGGCCCUUAUUGAAAAUAGAUUGCUACCUCUUCGUCCCGGUGUAGCCAAAUUGAUUGAUCAAGCUUUGGAGAAAGGAGUAAAAGUUGCAGUGUGCAGUACAUCCAAUGAGAAGGCGGUCUCUGCUGUAGUUUCUUGUUUACUGGGACCAGAACGUGCAGAAAAAAUACAGAUUUUUGCCGGUGAUGUGGUUCCUCGUAAGAAACCUGAUCCAGCCAUCUAUACAUUAGCAGCAAACACACUCGGUGUUGAACCUUCAAGCUGUGUUGUUGUAGAAGACAGUGCCAUAGGACUUGCUGCUGCCAAAGCGGCUGGAAUGACUUGCAUAGUGACAAAGAGCGGUUACACAGCCGAUGAAGACUUCUUAAAUGCGGAUGCAGUGUUCGAUUGCAUCGGAGAUCCACCAGAAGAGAGGUUCGAUCUGGCAUUCUGCGCAAGCCUUCUUGAGAAACAGUAUGUUAGUUAAACCUUACAAUAUUAUUUUGUUUCCAUGAUUGCUUGUUGAGAUCAGUAGCUUACUUCUGUUGUCUAACUAUUCAUUAAUGGUCUGUCACUUUUGGCGACUGACUGCUGAAAUAUCACUGAAAAACUGAAAAUUUAGAUUAAACUUGUAUUUCUUGGUU